AUGCCAGUUACGAGGUCAGCUUCGGCAAAAGAGAUCAGUCAGCAGCAAGCCCCUGUCCCCGCCCCCCAACCGCUUCCCCCAGAAUCCCAUGUCACCCACCCACCAUCUUCCUCGUCCUACCCCGCUACUCGCUGUCAGAGCAAAGGGAAACUGCUUGCCUCUACCCCACCCCAGCACAGCCUUGUCGCACAACAAUCAGACCAGGGAUCUGCCCAUCGCACACCUUCUACAUCGACACCCAACAUCGCGGCCACCACUACCGUCGAGGAGACGACAGAAGAGGGUCCAACAGAACUUGAAGCUGCUGUCAUUGAGGGUCAGAAUGCCCCCGAAAAGCGCAAUGAAGAGCAGGAAUCACCGGAGGAAGAGCAGAAACCACUGGAGGAAGAGGACGCAGAUGUCGUAGAGAAAACAACGCAUGUUGAGGGAAGGACAGCUGGUGAAGGGCUGGAUGACUCAAACACCCUGUCUUAUCAAAGAGAUAUCUCUCGUCCUGGAGUGGUCGGCGGCACCUCCGCCAGUGACUUUCAGCCCUCGCAAUCGUACGAGAAUCCAGACGAUCUCUUCCUCCCCGAGGCUUCUCCACUCGACCCUGCUCAACAGACAAGCGCCAUCUCCAGUCAGCAGCAAACAGCUUCUUUCGAUGGUAUGCCCCAGAUGAUCCACAGCCUUGCCCAGAGGGCGUCCGACAUGAGUGAGGAGGAAGCGAAUGAGUGUGCGAAAAGGGCGUGGAGGGGUGUGGAUAGGUGCGAUGUGGCGGAUGAUGUGAAGAAUAAUGUCAAAAUGAUUGUCUUUGGGAAUGACUUGAGUGAUAUGGGAGAGUAG